AAAAAAAAAAAAGGAGAUAUUGUGGAAAAAGUAAAUCUAAAUAGGUUCAGUGUUUAGGAAGCACUAGUACUAGAGGAAGAUAUUAUCAUCUAAAUCCGGUUGGCUUUUUCGCAUCAUGGAACUAAAAUUCGAUGCCAGUAUGGAGGGUAAAAACUUGGGCACGACUAAGAAGUUCGCGACGGCCACCACACAGACGUCGCUGCUAGACAUGACCAGUCUGAACCUCUUCUCCUACGCUCACUUUCGUCCCCAGAACCGCAUGAACACCAUAGAGUCCCGGCUGAAGGCUCUCCAGGGGCAAGUGUCCGAGGCUGGAGCAGCAGCCAUCACGCCCACACUGACCUCCCCGACCUUCCAGACGCCUCCUCCACCCUACGUGGCUGGAAGCAGGCAGAAGGUUGACCAGGAGAUGGCGGUGAAGUCGGCGAAGGAGGGCAAGUUGGCGGCAUCGAGGACGGAGACCAGUGUCCACGCCACCGGCACUACCGUCACCUCAAGUGUCACAUCCGUCAUCCAGGAUGUCAUCAAGUUUGAGGAGAGCGUGUUGAGCGCUGAGGGUGGGUUGCGGGCUCCCUCGCCCCUCGUCUCCCCCCCACGCCAUGCACCAGACUCCUCGCCUGUCCUCAUCCUCGCCUCCCUUGACAAGAGCAUCCUCCAGAUUCGUGACUGGCUGACGCUGAUGGAACAGAUGACCCGUCAGCAGACCGUGGUGGUGGGCGACGCUGACGAUAUCAGACAGCUGACUGAGAAACAAAAGAGCGUGUUGCGGGAGUUGGAGGGAAAGAAGCCGCAGCUGGACGAGCUAGUGGCCUCCGCUGACAGCCUGAAGGAUGACGCCUCUCGAACUCAGCUCCACCAGAAGGCUUCCGAGGGAGACGCAGCCGUGUACAGAUUCCCCACCCAUUCUCGUCUCUUCGACCACCUGAGGACUUGUUUCAAAGUUUCGAAGCUGCGGGAGCAUUGGGAUGAAACGAACAGCGUGGUGUUGGCACGCAAGACUCAGCUGGACGCUAUGUACACAGACACCCACAAGUUCGAUGCCAAGCGAGCCGAGUUGGAGUCGUGGCUGGCCAGGAUGGAGGCCAGGCUGGAGAGGAUGGCUCCCGUGGCUCGUACCGCAGACGUUCUCGACCAACAAAUUAGGGAACAGAAGGGCUUUCACGCGGAGAUCCACCAGUACAAGCACCAGGUGGAGCUGUUCAAUCAGAUGACUCAACGCCUAAUAGCAAUCUACCAGCACGACGAUACACGCAGGCUCAAAAAGAUCACUGAGACUAUCAACCUACGCUAUAGCAGCCUCAAUUCCAGCAUCAUCGCCCGAGGCAAGGAGCUGCACUCAGCCAUGAACUCGCUGCACAACUUUGACAAAGCGCUGGACAAGUUUGCCUCGUGGAUGAGUGAGGCAGAGUCCAACACCGACCUGGUGGAGCUGGAGGUGGACAAGCUGGGACCUGCCAGGCGAGACCCCCAGGCUCGAGGACCAUCCAUGCAUCUCAAGGUAAGGAAAUGUGAGAAGUGAAAAAGUACUGGGAACCAUCAGGCCGUCACCAGGUACAGUACAUGUUUUUGUUUUUGUUUGGAUGUUUUGUGGGCGUAUUAAGAUCCGAACGCUGAGCCGCUGUUCACAAG